CCAUUUUUCACCAAACUCUCCAAAUUCUUUCAAAGUGAUGAAUUUGCCACCACCACUACCACCAUCAUCAUCCUCAGACUCAGACGACGAGUUAAUGAAGUUACUCUUUGACUCAGACUCAGAUUCAGACUUAAUAGACGAGUUAUUCAUUCGUACAGUAGCGGUCGCAGCCCAACUUAUAAUCGAAGAUGAACAACAAUCUAGAAGAAGACUUCCAACUAACCGAAAACCUACAAACAAUCUUCUAAAGAGAGAGCGUGAACCGGAGCUUCCGGAAGUAGAAGCUUCUAGAAGAGCCAUUGCAGAGAACUGUAUCGGAAAGAAGAUUAUACGAUCUGUUGUUUCUGACGACGAUGCUUACGUCAUCGACGGUGUUUCACGUUCCGAUUUUGAAGCAUCCCUCACCGGAAAAACAAUCGUCGGAGCUCAUCGUAAGGGGAAGUGUUUGUGGAUUGAGCUUGAUUCUCCUCCUUUUCCGUUGUUUCAGUUUGGAAGGGAGGGUGCUAUUUAUAUCAAAGGUGUCGAUGUAACGAAGUAUAAAAGGUCAGCAGUUAGAGAUACAGACACAGACGAGUGGCCUUUCGAAUGUUCAAAAUUAUUUAUAGAACUAGACAAUGGUUUGGAGCUAUCGUUUAACGCCACAAGGCAAUCUGCAAAAGUCCGCUUACUUGAAAAUCCGGCUACUGUGGCCCCGAUAUCUGAACUUGGUCCAGAUGCCUUUUUGGAGCCAAUGACAAUAGAUGAACUUUUUGACGCACUGAGCAAGAAGAAGGUUGCCAUAAAGACUCUCUUACUCGAUCAGAGCUUUAUUUCAGGUAUCGGCGAUUGGAUUGCAGAUGAAGUUCUAUACCAGGCAAAAAUCCAUCCACUUCAGGCUGCCGCCAGCAUUCCUAAAGAAGCAUGCGCAGCAUUGCACAUGUCCCUUAAAGAGGUUAUUGAGCAUUCAGUUGAAGUUGAUGCGGUCAGCAGUCAUUUUCCGGUUGAAUGGUUAAUCCAUUAUAGAUGGUGCAAAAAACCUGGAAAAAUAAAUGGAAUGACGAUCGAGUUUAUCAACGCUGGAGGCAGGGUACGUCUAUUCAAAUCGGUUUUACCUAUCAAUCAUGUUUUGAUUGAAUAUAUGAGACAACUGCGUACGUACCCGAGUUACAAAAGCUAACUGGAGACCAAGCAGUCAAAGCAGCGGUCAAACCACCAAAGAAGUCUCGCAAUAAGAACAUUGACGAAGCAGAAAGCGAGAGUGAAGAAAUUGCAAAACCAAAAGGAGGGUGGAAAACAACCCAAAGUGGAGCUAAGAAGCUUCCUGCAAAACGCAAGCUUGACACAAGCGAUGACGACGACACAAGUGAUGACUAUGGUGAUCUAAACUUAAGCGAUGAUAAUGUUGAAGUUGAAGCGAGCCAUCCACCCGGUAGAGAUAAAUCAAAAAAGAAGCCAUCGAAUUCAUCUAGUUCGGGUGAGGACUAUACCGAACAUUUAUCCAAGCUAAAUGAACAUAUCGUUGCAUUCAAAAAAAUUCAACAAGAAAUGCUCGAGUUAAAAAGAGAAAGCUCGAAAAUAAGAGAAGAAAGAAAGCGUCUUUUCAAGAAAAAUUGAAUUUGAAAAAGGAGAAAGAUUUGGCGAAAGAAAAACGAUACGAUUUGAAAUUACUCGCUAUGAACAUUGAUCACCUUGCUGGACCCGAAAGACAAAUGUAUGAGGAAAUGAAAAAACAAAUCAGGGAAAAAUGUAGCCUUAGUUAGACUACAUGGUUUUUUAAUGUCUUUUAAUUAUGUUUUAGAGUAAACUGCCAAAAUGGUUCCUGAGGUUUGGUCA